UUUUUUCCACUCUCUGCUUUCUCUCUUCGAUCCGUGAAGGUGUUCCGUGGUAUGGUGUGAAUAAAAAUUGGAAUAUCUCAUAAUUUCCAGUGUCCCGUGCCGUGAAAAUCCGAUCAAUCGACAGCCCAUACGCCAGAGUAUCGGAAAAGUGUGCGGAACCAACAUCGAAGAGGUUUUACUACAUAACUAGCAGAGAGAAAGACAGAGACAGGCAGUUAGCGUAUAAGCAAAUAGGAAGGAAGAAAAGAGAGCACCAGAUCGAGAGUUUUGCAGACGACGACGACGACGAGCCCCACAGCAAAGCAGAGUCCCAUUUUAUAUCGAUUGCGCACAAGUCACAGCUUAGCAUAAAACUAUCCCGAAAACAGCAGCAGCAGCCAUUUUUGCCACAGUACCUGGUUUAGUAAACGAUUCAAACGACCAAUAAAAUGCAGUUCCAAGGCACAGCACAACCGCACCAGGGUGGCUUCCGCGGACCGCGUCCGGAAAAGAACGACUUUUACGUUGGCCAGCCGGGCACCAAGCCGCCGCACUUCAUGAACAAGCAGGGCCCACCCUCGAUUCCGCCGUUCAACGCGAACGCGUUCGGUGGACCGAAGCCGAUGUACCAGCAGAAUGCGAUCAACGGUGUCGGACCGGGUGGAUUUAACAAAUUCGGCGGUGGCGGCAACCGUGCAUUCGGCGGCCAGCCCGGAACCAUGCCCAAGAAGGACUUUGGUGGACCGAAGAUGUACGGACCGGGUGGCAGCAAGCCGUACGGUGACGACAAGCCGUUCGACACCUUCGGCGGCCCCAAGAAGUACCCGACCUCGAACCCGGGAAUGGGUGGCGGCUACGGCAUGGGCAAUCGCAACGGGUAUGGCGGUAUGCGCUCGGACUACAACGGGUUCAACAAGGACGACCGGGCGAAGAUCCAGUCGCUGAAGGCCAAGUACCCGGGCCAGAACCUGAUGAAGCCGAUGUGGGAAAAUCUGGAACCGUUCCAGAAGGAUUUCUACGUGCCGCACCCGAGCGUGAUGGGCCGGGCGGCCGAGGAGGUGCAGACGUUCCGCGAGCAGAUGCAGAUCACGGUCAUGGGCAACAACGUGCCGCACCCGUGCCAGAACUUUGAGGAGGGCAACUUCCCGGAGUACGUGAUGACGGAGAUCAAGAAGCAGGGUUUCCCGCGCCCCACCGCCAUCCAGUCGCAGGGCUGGCCGAUUGCGCUGAGCGGCCGCGACAUGGUGGGCAUUGCGCAGACCGGUUCGGGCAAAACGCUCGCCUACAUGCUGCCCGGCUUGGUGCACAUCUCGCACCAGAAGCCGCUCAGCCGCGGCGAGGGACCGAUCGUGCUGGUGCUUGCACCAACGCGUGAGCUCGCGCAGCAGAUCCAAACCGUGGUGCGGGACUUUGGCAACCAUUCGAAGCCCAACAUUCGCUACACGUGCGUGUUUGGCGGAGCACUGAAGGGACCGCAGGUGCGUGAUUUGGAGCGCGGUGUUGAGGUAGUGAUUGCUACUCCCGGUCGUCUGAUUGAUUUCCUCGAGCGUGGCAUCACCAAUCUGCGCCGCUGCACGUAUCUCGUGCUGGACGAGGCCGACCGGAUGCUGGACAUGGGCUUCGAGCCGCAGAUCCGCAAGAUCGUGGAACAGAUUCGCCCGGACCGACAGGUGCUGAUGUGGUCCGCCACCUGGCCGAAGGAGGUACAGACGCUGGCGGAAGACUUCCUGCGCGAUUACAUCCAGAUCAACAUCGGCUCGCUCAGCCUGGCCGCGAACCACAACAUCCACCAGAUCGUGGACGUGUGCGAGGAGAACGAGAAGGAGGGCAAGCUGCUGAAGCUGCUAAAGGAAAUCGCCACCUCGGAUGCGACGAACAAGAUCAUCAUCUUCGUCGAGACGAAGAAGAAGGUGGACGAUCUGCUGAAGAACAUUGUGCGGGACGGAUACGGGGCUACGUCGAUCCACGGCGACAAGAGCCAGACGGAGCGGGACUACGUGCUGCAGGACUUCCGGCACGGCAAGAGCACCAUCCUGGUGGCGACCGACGUCGCGGCCCGCGGGCUCGACGUGGAGGACGUCAAGUACGUGAUCAACUUUGACUAUCCGAACUCGUCGGAGGACUACAUCCAUCGUAUUGGGCGCACGGGACGCUGCUCGCAGUACGGCACUGCGUACACCUUCUUCACACCAAACAACGGACGCCAGGCGCGCGAGCUGCUGUCCGUGCUGGAAGAGGCCGGCCAGCAGCCGACGGUGGAGCUGAUCGAGAUGGCGAAGCAGGCACCGGGCGGCAAGGGCGGACGGCUGCGCUACUCGACGCAGACCGGCUACCGAGGCAGCAGCGGCAUGGGCAGCUACCAGCGCCGGCCGCCGUUCAACGGUGGCGGUGGAUUCGGCGGCCCGCCCAAGUACGGCGGUGGCAUGCAGGGCGGCAUGAUGGGCGGUAUGCAGAACAAGUUCGGUGGCGGCGGUAUGCAGAACAAGUUCCGCGACGGUGGCAUGUACCGCGGAGAGAACAACUGGAACAAGGGUCCGAAUGGGCCGGCAAUGAUGGGCGGCCCGGGAGGCUACCAGUCCCACUCGCCGCAGUCGCCGCAGGCGGCCGCCGUCGCGUCCGGCCCGCAGAUGUACGAAGCGCAGCAGGCGCAGCUCCGCGCUGCCUACCACCCGAAGAACAUCUACCCGGGUCAGUUCGAUGACUACACGGCCCUGUUUGCGGGCGGUGCGACCGCGGCUGCCCCGGGCGGCGGCAUGCGCUACUACCAGAACAAGGCGCACCAGGGCGGUCCGGGAGCGAUGCAACCCGGCUCGCAGCCCGGCGGCCGGUACAACCCGAACGGUGGUCAGUUCAACAUGGACGGCACGCCGAAACCGAACAACGGUCGCGGCACUUACCCGCCGAAGCAAUAUAACAACAGCUACGCGGCCGGACCGGCCAAUCCCAGCCAUCAGUACCCGCAGCUGGCUGCGGCCGCUGCCGCGGCUGCCGCCGGCCAAACCAUUCCAACGGGUGCGCCGGCCGGAUUCACCGGAUUCGAUCCGACCGGGGGGCUGCAGUACCAGGCUUCGUACCCGAUAACGGCGGCCACCGCCACCUACUAUCCGUACCCGGCGGCUACCGCUCCACCGCCACCACCGCAGGCCCAGGCGGCCCCAGUCGUGCCGCCAGUCCAACAGUAAGCUGCUGCUGCUGCCACCACACGCGUAACACCCUUCACGCAACAACAAGCACGAUCGGAGAGAGAAAGCAAGGUUAGUUUUUAGCAUCUUCCCUUAUUUAUCCAACCAUUUAUAAAUAGUACGUAGAAAAUCGAACGGCUUGCGCGAGGCCGCAACACAUACAUGUUGAAUGUUUCGGUUUUUCGGUUUAGUAUCAGACGCGAAGAGGGCGAAGAAACUGUCGCGCGCGGUUAGGAGCAUAGAUUUGCCCACCCACUCGUUCGCCCAGAAAAGUAGGUGGGACAUUUUUGACACACUUCCACCCAGGUAACGAAACGGAACAUGAUUAAUCUUCUCUACUGUUUAUUUUCCCUUAAUCACACACCAUAUCGGAAGAUACGAAACUUGCGUUGCCGAAACGUCUGAUCGCAGGAACACAUUACUAUUAUUAACACUAUAUAACCUUUUUGCAAACGAUUGUAUGAGGAGCUAUUGGAAGAUGAUGAGAUACACAUUUGACUCGUGUACGCACGCGCUGCAACCAAGGAUUGAAUAGGGCCGCCAAGCAGAGCGAAGAAAGAUGAUAGGGCUUUGUGGAAGCGAGCAGAGCGGCGCACACACUGUAAGAGUGAACGGAAAAGCAGCAGCGAUCGCGGAGCGAGUAUAUACGAUAUACAAUUAGUUUUGAAUUUUUGCGUUUAUUCUUUCCUUAUUACAAGCAAAUAUAAUAAUCCUUAGAUGUAAUGAAACCAUACGAACGCCUGGUACACACGUGCGUAGGGCAAGCGUGCCCACCCGUACAACUACGCGGUUUGUUCGGCGCGGAGCAGGAACACUGUCAGACGCUGGCUCGUGGCUCGCGGCUGCUGCUGAUACACGUCGAACAUUCCGGUAGCUUUAGCAAGCAAUUUUGUUAAACGAACGCUCAUUCGAAUUUCUACGAAUCACACCCACACCCGUGCGUGGUGGGAUGGAAUUGUCACACAAAGAACGAGGGAAAGAUAAGACUUCCAAGACAGGUGAACUCUCUAAUCCUAAAGCUGAUUGUUGAAGUGGAGAAAAGCAUUUUAGCAGAAAUGGGUGUUGGAAUGGAAAGUUCAAUCAUUCCCUUGCUUUUACUCUCUGGCUGCAUUGGGGGAAAUGAAAUGCGGAAAAAGAGUUUUCCCUCGAAUCGCAAUUAAAAUUAUGCGCAGCGAGUUACUGGAAGACCAUUUUAUUUUAAAUCGAAACUGUAACGGAAAUCAAUUCGGACAUUGAACGCAGAUGCAGAAUUGUUGUAUUUUUCUGUUCUUUCGACAAUCGUUUGGUGUAUUGUACACAUCCAUUCCCAUUUCUGUAUGCAGCCCGCAGUUACUACAUCACAGGAAAACAGAACUGAAUCUCUUGAACCGUUAGUUUCGUGGUUGAUAAAUUGUUAACCAAAUGACACAAUAAUACAGCGCAAUACGGCAAUUUGAAGGAUCAUAAUGUGACAAAUGACAGGGAAGCACAUUAAUUUGGUUAGGUGAAAAGAGACGGCGAGCCACAUUAGUUGCAAAAGUAGGGAAACAGCACGUCAGGCAGCACAGUUCAUUAUUAACAGAUGUACUGGUGUGAUACCUGGUGGAGUUUUGGAAACAGCAGCGAGUGAAACUGUGUUUGUAUUCUCCUGGAAAAUGUGGUAUUAUCAAAGCUAAGCGUUUUUUGACAACCAAAGAAACAAUUUAAUUUACAUUUCCUAACCAAUCCCUUGUUAAACCACAAGCCAAUACCCCACCUCCCGCAAUAGUUAACCAGAUACAUUCCCUUACACUCCGACAAAGAAGUUGGCAUCGCCACCUAGUAACAAAACACAUAUUCUACCUUCCAGUCAAGUACGUACCUGUAACGAAAAUGGUAGCUGGAUCGCUAAAGAAACCCUGCAAUAAUAUGCUGUUGCGCUGAUAUUGCGUACGAAAUUAGCAUAUGGGGAUGAUCCUACACACACAAGGAGGAGGGAAUAUCCACGGAAACCUAAAACGAGCAUGAUUAGAUAAACUGUACUUUUACGUUCUAUUGAUUGUUGAUAGUAACUUUUUUAUAAAAUCGGGCCGGACACACACAAAGUAUUACACAAAGCGUACGUCCAUGUGCGCUUGUGUUACAACAGGUUCUCAUUUACAACGUAUUUGAAAAGAGGUCCCAUCAACUACGUUUGAACGAACGGACACAAACACAGACAGACACGCUUCUUAGCGACGCUUUCAAAGCCUCUCGCACAUUACUAUCUAGUCAGAACGAACGAACAGGAAUCCCCUGAACAAAGGGCAUUGGUUCGUAAGCGCGGUUCUCGCUCCCUAUAGCAAGGAUUAAUGCACCAAACGCGAGUGCAUACGAAUUUGGCGCCCUGGUGUGUGCCGGAAACCGCACGAACCUGUGAGGAAGCUCUGGGAUCUUCCAAUGUUCUAGCAUGAAAAGGGCGGGGAGUCACCCCCGCCACUGCAAACAAAAUGCCUUCUGUAAACUGUGAUCGAAUCUCUCGUGUUCCUUAUUCAAUGCUACUCUCUCCGGACGAGCGCAGGACGACCCCAGGGACUUUUUGCUCACGGAGGCCAAAGUAAUAAAAAUGUAUGCUGUGUGAGAGCGAAACACAUGGACACACACACACACAUGGCAAGCAAAAAAUUGCGUAAAAGAAAAAUCUAUUCUGCUUUUUAGUAUUUGCUUUGAUGAAUGUACUGAUUCUUUUUAAAUGGCUAAAGGGAUAUCGAUUUUGUGCCGCUCUUAUUGAUGUUUAUACAAAUAUGCAAAAGAGACUAAUGUUGGAAAGUUGUGAAACUUUGAGCGCUCUACUGUGUUAGCCAUUUAGUUGUAAAACAUCUUUUCUUUAUAGUAUUCCGGUGGCCUGUGAGCUAAACGUGUGUGUGUGUAGGUCGAAACAAACACGUCCAGCAUAAAUUGCAACAUAUUUUCCCGGACUGUGCAGAGAAACUCGGGAAAAGGAUGGACAAUUUAGAGAGCGCGAGAGAGCGUUGGCGCCCGUUGUUCUGUCGAGACACAUCACCGGCAGACUGAAGCGAUUCGAAUACGCACUCUUUUUUAAGUAUACAAUGUGUAGGCUACAAUUCUAAUACGAAUGAACCCACCAACCCUUUGCUGCAGACGACGAUAGCAAAAUUACACACACACUUGUAUCGGACACAACCGUACAGUUGCUGUCUCUUUACUGUCCGAGUAUGUAGAACAGCCGUUUUUGACGACCUUUUGUGCAAACAGCUGAAAUAGUAGAAGCACAAGAAAGUCAUCCGCCGACAAACCGGAAGAAGAACCGUGUAACAUAAGCGGACACAUCAAUCUACACCGGCUAGAGCGUGCACUGGGAAGAGAAUGAAUGCAUAGUAAGCAAAGUACAGUGUAGUAACAACAGCUAGAAAGCGUAGAAGAUAAAUAAAUUUUUAUUUUUUUCUUCUCCUUUGUCUGCGCGAUUGGAGACGUUCACUGGCAUAAUCGAUCAGCUAAUCGAUGUUAAUACAGCUUGCUUGCCACUUUAUAAUAGUAAUGUAUGCUCGCCUCUCUUUUGGGAAAACGAGAAAAAAUGAUUAAACACACCAAGGCUAGAUUACGGGGUGGUUCUUAUUGUGUUUGUGUUAAACGUUAUGCAAACACUUGAUUGAGGAAAUGGAAAAGAAAAACAGGGUCCCUAAAUAAUGAUCCACUCUGCCGUAAGAUUGUCGCUGUAGGAAGCAAAUCAAGCGUACUAUUUGCAUACACUUCGUACAGUCUAGGAAAAGAUCAGAUCUCUUAGAACUUGCCACAAACAGAGAACGUCUGUUGUAGAACAACACGAGCUGGUGUUGCGUUUUGUGUACCAGUAUUUAUUUUCUACACAAACGCAUCGAACCCUUUUUGCUUGGUUUGGUUUAUCUUCCAACAAGAGCAAAACACUUUCAAACGAAUGCGUUUAAUGUUGGAAAAAUCACGCAAAAAAAACGCGGGAACCCUUACACGAAGAAUGCUUGAUUAAAUCCCCUAAAACAUGAAGCUUAGAGUGUAAUAUCUCAACCACAGGUAUUAGUAAUUGUCGCAACAGGUCGAAGCAUUGUGACAUGCUCGGAGAGGAAGAUAGGUAACAGGAAACAUUAGACAUUGAAGAAAAUUAGCCUGUUCGAUGAUAAUUGCAACAGCUCUUCGAAAUGUAACACAAACGAAGAGCAGCAAUAUACUACAGCAAAGUAAGUUAAUUGAAAUUACUGAAUGUGAAACAACCGAAACACAGAGUUUGAAAAUGCAACAGUCAAACAAUUCCAACUGAAAGAGCGAAACAGAACGAACAAGCAAACACAUUCGAAGAGAGUAGAAUGAACAAGUCGUUUGAUAAAUUUGUAAAACCCUACUACAUGUGUAACGUGCAUAAUUUGCUUAACCUUAUCUACCAACUAAGUAAGUGUGUUUGUGUAUGUGUGUGUGCGUGCUAUGAAGAAACGCAGCGUUAAUUAAGCAACUCUAAAAAGAAAAAGUUAAACCGCAGCAAAGAUUGCAACGUGAAUGAUAUAUUUUUCAACAAACACAACACAACUGGAAGGCAGGUCAAUGUUUAAAAAAAGCUGAAAUAUAAAGGGUUUUCUUUUGGCUCAUUUGGCUGAAGCGCACACACUUUCACGUUUUAAGAGACAAUUUACUGGUAACCUAUUGUACUAUUAAACGAGGUGUGGACCGCUUGUUUCGAGCUAAUGAUUAGUGUAUCGUUCCACACACUCUCUAAAACUCGUUUGGUAUUUGGGUAAAAAAGGAAUAUAAUCAAUAAAACACGUUGCGGCCAACUGCUAAUUGAAAGCGAAGAUAACAAAAACGGCAACCACGAAAUAUUAAUGUCUUAGCUGCAGCCAGCUAUCUAGCGUUAUAAUAAUAUAUGAUGUCUUUAAUGGAUUAAUCGAACAUGCGUCAAAGUUUACACAACAAAACACACUUUUUCUGCAAUCAAACGGAACCAAAUGAUUUUCAUCAUUGCUAUUAUGAACUUUUAAAAGCAUCGACGAUCGCGCAUGUGUAAGAACGAUCAUGAGCAUAGGAGAAAAGAGAAAUACUACCCAAAUGAACAGAACGGAAUAUUGAGAGCGAUCGAUUCUCUCCACCAAGAACAGUUGUCACUCAGCUUGGAACGGAACGGAAAACGAACAUCAGUUCGGAUCGAAUGGCAGCUUUGUAACCGAAUGAUGUGCUGUGUAUAACCGAUGAGACGAAUUUUUGUUUUCGGUGCAGUGCGUCUAACCACAAAAGGGACAGCAAAAAAAGAACUUCCGGCACGCGCCGCACCCCACACACAUCCAUAUUUUUUUCUAUUGUUUUACAUCUCUACCACACCGAUUAUUGCAUACACAGCAUGCGUAAAGUUAAGGGGUUGUUUUUAAUAGGAUAGGUUUUAAGUUUUUUCUGAAUUUUAGAAGCGAUCAUUCAACAUUAAACGAACUGGUGGACAUAUAGACUCAUUGCUGGGUCCGAAAAAGCAUGGUUCAGAAUAAUGAGUCUCACAAUUUGAAACCAACACUAACGAGGAAAAUAGCAAAAGUUGUCGUACAGAGUUCUGUCCUCAAGAAUUUCAUCAAAACUACUACUACUGAUCAAAGCUGAAAGAAAACGAUAUAAUUCUUCAUGUGAUAUAGAGAAAAAAGAUGAAAAAACAACGCGCUCUCGUCGCAGUGCAAGAAAGUUUAGUCAACUAUUAGAAACCCCUACGGAAAUUACAGAAAUGGCACGACAUAUGGGCACUAUUAAUUUUGCAACGCAUUAUAUUGGUACACAGUUAGGAACACGUCAUUGUCUCAUAUGUUGUUUGUAUCGUAAAAGCGCGUAAUUCAAACCGGAAAGUCUCGUUGAUUUAGCUUGAACACACACUCACGCACUGGAGAAAAAUGAAAGCGUAGGGAAAAGAUUUAAACAACAAACGUUAGGACACGUUAGGAAGCUGUAAAAGAGUGACGAACGCUGCAGAGAUAAUUGAUAUGCGGCGCAGAUUUGCCCUUUGAAUACUUACAUCAAUAAUGAGUGUGGUGGCUGUGUAUGUAUGUCUAUGCUCUGCCGGGAAAAGAAGAGCGUGAGCGCAGAAAAAAAAGUAGUGAAAUAAGAUGUAUUUUGCAUGAGUAACAAAAAGCGUAAGAUAUCGCCAAUAAUACAUUUAGCAAAGGGAAAGGCAAAAAAACCCAUUCUGUUGAUGGACGAACGCAACCGACAGAAAACGACCUUUUUUGCUUUUCGAUGUCUCUGAAAUCAAGAAGCAAACAGCGAUCAAAGAGUUUUCACAAAAAAAAACCAAACGAAAAAUGCAUAAGAGCAAAACACAACUAAUUACAAUUGCUUGAAUCUAAUCUGAAAGCGUAUGAGCAAAUGAAUAAGACGAAACAUGUAGCCGAAAUAUAAUUGCAAAACCGUUAAAAACAUGUUGUGCGCUUUUAAAGAGGCGUCUAAGUCUAAAAAUCCUAAGUGAAACAUAAAUAGUACGGAACACGCGCGCGCGCGAAUACAAUUGAAUGAUUUGCUUGCGUACCUAAGAAUGGAACGAUGUUGUUAUAGUUCCAUAGAAAAAAAUACACGCAACUGCAACGGGGAAAACGUGAUAAAACUUGAUCGGGAAAGUAAUAGAAGCAAUUCUCUCACACAAAGUAAAUUGCAUCUUAUUGAUUGAUCUCAAUUGGUUUAGACAAGAAAAGGGGGAAGGGAAUGGAAAGCAAAGGAUAACGAAAACACAUUAAGUCUGACUGCAUUUCUCGAUCGUUCCCGGAGAAAACAUGUGAUAAUAUGUGCAAGAAAAAAUGGGUAUACUGUUGAAUUUAGAAUUCUACUCCCGUUCGAAAGACGCCCGCAGUAAAUUGAGAUGAUAAAGUCUAUACCAAAAGUACCUUCCCCCUCGCUCAAGAUUCAUUGGUCGGUGGUGACCUACCUACCUACCCCCCCCAACCGAUCACCAUUCAUCAAAGCAUAUGCUGCAGCAAACAUCAAGUAGCAAACAACAACCAUGACCAAUUUCACGAUCAUGGUUUUAUAAAAGAGAAAGCAUCGAAAUUGUUAAAACAGGGAAGAGUUACAACGUUGUAUUAGCAGCAGGGGGAACCUGAGAAUGAAACUCUGCUAUACAUACUCAAAUCAAUAUUGUAAUCAAUUUCAGACAAACUCUCUGAGAGAAGAAAAAUGCUCUGUGUUUUAUAGCGCCCAAGGGUUACAAGAUGAUGCACCUUUGCCGCAUAAACACACAUUACGCACCAGCAUGCCCCAGCAAGCACACACGGUGUGUCGUGUGUCGGCCAAAGGUGGCGCAUGCUGAUGCGGUUGAACCACGUGUUCGCGCGAUAUGUAUGUGGGAUUGUGCGCGCGAGCCCCAAGAAAGAUGAAAGCUGUUCCGUGUUGUUUUUUGUUCCACUGGCCAGGGUAUUAUUGAACACAAAUGAAAAAAAUACGAAUAUAUUUUUGUGAAAACACUAGAACGCUGAAUGUGAACGCGCUCGAGAGGCGAGAAAAAAUGUACCAUUGUGAUAUUUUAUAUUUAAAGUUAAUAUGUAAAAACACAUCAGUAAAACACAGACAAAAACACAACCACACAUACACUCACGACUACUAAACAUGCAUGUACACCGAAGCAACAACAACAACAACAACAACAACAACAUCAACAAGAAAAAGUGGGAAACAAGGGGGACAAUUCCUAGAAAACGUGAAACAGAGACAUGUAAGAACAACGUGAUGAACAUUAUUGCUAUUGCUUAAAUGCAAUUCGUUUUCGCUCGAAGGUCUCCGAAAGGAGGGAAAAUUAGGGAAAACAGAAAGAAGCCCGAUACGCUUACAGUUGAGGAAAGAGCAGGCAAACACAGCCCAUGCUUCCAAAAGUUCCAAACAAGAAUGGAUUAGGAUCUCAAGCGAAAUAACCUUACACCAGAAGAAGGACAGACAGGGCAAAGAAGCCAACAACACAGCCUGCAUCCCGCAAGGAUUGGGUGGUAGUAAUAAGUGUGGUGUAUGUUUUGAACAGGAUUGAAGGGCACCAUCCAACAGAAAACACACGACGCAAGACGGAAUAACCUCAAUGCGCGCAACUGUAGUUGCGCAAACUGAUCGUCUCGAUACGCGACGUGUGUUGGACAAACUGGACACACAGACAUUCGUUGUUGUAAUAUUUUGUAGUAUUUUUUUCUGCUGCCCAUUUUUGAGCAAAACAAAGAAAUAACAAAACCCUCACCCACUCCCUUUCACGAGGCAACAAAAGUAAAAACGAACACGUGGUCGGUCGCGAUCACGUGUCUCUUUAAAGAAGUAAUGUGUUACCUUCCUGUCUAGUGGAGUGAAUUUCUUCCUUCGUACAACAGCAACAAGAAAAAACAAAUCAACAAACGUUAUUGCAAAAUUGCAAAUUGCAAAAUUCUACAAUCGCGCGAUGAAAUAACGUGAAGGUUUAUGCUUCACUGAUGGCGAUUAGCAAAGGGAGAAAAUGCCGGGAAAUCAAAAAAUGAUCCAAUCAACCAUAUACCACAACAAAAAGAACCGAAAUAGAAGAAACAGAAAUUAUGUACAAUUAACCUGCAGAUGUCGGUUUGUUAUCACCUUAAAGAUAGGAUAAAAAAGUACAUUACCACCAUCCCUCUCUUACCAAAAAAAGUAGAAAGUUUCAAUCGAAACGAAAAUGGCAAACAAGAUCAAAUUUGGCUCCCUAGAAGCUGGGGUCAAAACUGCCGAACAUUGUUUCCCUGGUUGUAUAACAAUAAUGCCCCAAAUUAUCACCACUACUACAACAACAACUACUACAUCCUCUCGUUGGUGUCGUCUGGAGAUAAUAUCGUGGUGUGUUGGAGUGCAGAGGCAAAUCGACAGGACACAGUAAUGAGGCUAGGGAGAGAGUGAGAGAGAAAGAGAGAAUCAGCGGCAACCCCCCUCGGGGAAAAGGGUUGUGUUGUGAUCGUCGUCACGAUGCUGUGAAAAUUCAUACAAAAAACCAGCGUGUUUCGGUGUACGGACGCUUGUGUUCUUCCCGCCAGAAGACAGAAGCGCGUACAGAUAUACCCCAAUAUCAUCAAAUUUUUAGCGCACCUUGAUUGAGUUGUUUUAUGGUUUCACCCAAUCACACUAUACAGUCAACUCUUGAGCCGAUUCUGUAGAAUGAGCUGAAAAUGACACGUCACCUAAUAAUACUUUUCCAUUUCCAUUCGAGUAUCCUUAAAUUAUUCCAACUGUUCCAUUACGGUGAACCGUGUUGUCACUUUGUUUAAAAAAAAAUAGAUAUCAUUUAUCAUCGGAGAGAAAGAGCUUACAUUUUACGUAAAAGUUAAAGAAAACCCCAGUCUUUGCAGUUCUUUUCCCUUUAGUCCAUUCAUUACUUCCCAGAAUUUGUUUGUUUGUUAUUUUUGCAUCCCAAACAGUCUUUUGUAAAAGACGCAAACCGUUUUUUUAAAGAGCACCAAAAUUUUAAAAUCGUUUUGUUACUUCUGAGCAAAAGUUUCUUCAGAGUAAACCUUAUAGAACGCAUGCAUAUUAUAUAUUGCAACAAAAAUAUGAAUAAAAACAAUGUGUAAUUCACUAAUAAA